AUGGAUGACAAACUUUUUUUUCAAAAUUUUGAAAACAUCAAUGAAGAUAGCUUACCAUCACCAUUAAUAAAACACUCAGACGAAUGUAAAAAGUUCAACAGAUGUAGAAGGAAUAAAAAUAAUGAUGAAGAUUCACUCAAAGGGUUGAGCAAACCAAAUGAAGAGAACAAAAACAAUGAUAAGCAUUAUUUGUGUAUAAAUAUUAACAGAUAUAAUGGACAGUGCUAUCAUAUAAAAAUACCAAUCAUUGAUGAUAUUCAUUUCCAUUUUGUUAUAGGGGAGUCCCUUAUUUACCUUCUUAAUAUGUAUUUACAGAAAAGAGUUAUAAGCAGGAGCUUAUAUAAUAAAAUUCUUUUUUCAUUUCAAUUAGUAAGUCAUACAAAAUGGAAAAAAACAAUAAAAGAAGAAAAAGAAGAAGAAAAAAAAGAAGAAAAAAAAGAAGAAAAAGAAGAAGAAAAAAAAGAAGAAAAAGAAGAAGAAAAAAAAGAUGAAAAAAAAGAUGAAAAAAAAGAAGAAAAAAAAAAAAAAAAAAAAAAAAAAAAAAAAGAAGAAAAAAAAGAAGAAAAAAAAGAAGAAAAAAAAGAAGAAAAAAAAGAAGAAAGAAUACAUGACAACUAUCCCUCUUUGUGCUUUUUCUCAUCGUUCAUACGGAUAUGCAAAGACAUUGCAAUAACUGACACGUUAAAUGAACUGAAGGAAUCGAAAGAGAACAAAUGGAACAUAAGGGGAAAACUGAUAAACUCCAAAAAAGAAAACAAUGUACAACUAUUGUACGUAGAAAAUGCAUUUCUCACCCAUAAUAAGAUUGUGUUACAUUUGCCUUUAUUAAAAAUUAAGUCGAUAGAUAUUUAG